AUGAAAGAGCAGCAUUUUUCUCUUCCACAAGAGCACUCUGACUAUGAAGAACUUGUUUAUCUCCGAAAGAUCUUACUUUUACGCCUUAUUCACGUUUUAUUUGCUUUUGGAGUUUCUUGUCUUAUUCUUUUUGUGGAAACUGUUUAUGAGUUCACAGAAUCAAGAAUUUACUUAACAGUAGGAUUUAAGGUAUCUCUUAUUCCUAUCGCAAUAAUUUUAUUUAAAGUCGAUAGAGUAGGGGGAAGCUUGGUUUUGUCAUUGAUAUUUGGCAUUCUUUUUACGCUAGGACUAGGAGCGAUGCUUGGGUCACUAUUUAGUGUGUGUUGGAAGCCAGUUACAGCUUUUGUGCUAUUAAGUGCAUUUGUCACAGUUCAUUUUGCUUUAUUUUUAUAUGCAGCUUUUGAAAAAGAUGUUUAUAACGUGACGAAAGGGCUUUUAUGGGUGCUUGAACUGUCAAUUGUGAAUUUUAUAAUUCAAAUUUUUUAUUUCCGCGCUGAGCGCUUCUAUUUAUUAAUUAUCGCAUUUAUGUUUGGGAUGUUUGGAGCUUUCUCUGUUUAUCACGCGAAAAUGAUUUCACAAGGGAAAUUUAGGGUGAUUCCAAGAGAAAGAUAUGUAUUAGGAGCUCUAAGUGUUUAUAUAGAUUUUACUUUGAUAAAAUUAUUUAUUAUACAAAAAUGCUGUAAGAAAAGAAAGGAAGAUGAAGAGCAAAGCACGCUUAUUAAAGAAUAG